CGUUCAAUGCUCGGAGAAGCAGCAGUGAGCGUUCACAGUCGAGCUUUCCAGAGAGUCGGUCUGCUGUCUCCACGUUCAUCCCAGGGAUAUAAUCAGGCUCAGUCGAGCAAUAACAGGAAGAAGCGAUGGCAGUUCUCAGGGUUAUACUUGUUGCUGCCUUCAUGGUGACUGUAGCGCUGGCUAAACCGGUCAAUCUGAGCGAGGAUGAGGAGCAAUCCAACGAGUCCACUGAGGAAAACUCAUCAGAGGAGGACAGCAGCCCUGUUGGGCAUUCACAUCAUGGGCCCCUGCCGCCUGUGAACACCCCUGAUGUCAUAGUGUUGACUGGGCCAUCAGAGGAGGACAGCACACCUGUUGGGGACUCACAUUAUGGGUCCCUGCCGCCUGUGAACACCCCUGAUGUCAUAGUGUUGACUGGGCCAUCAGAGGUGGACAGCACCCCUGUUGGGUCCCUGCCACCUGUUAACACCCCCGACAUCAUAGUGUUGACUGAACCACAGGGCACUGCAGACAUGUUCCCGUCUGUAGAUGGAACCAUUUCAACAAACGAUAUUUCAGUCCUGCCAGACCACAUAGACCCGCAAUCCUCCACUGACUCGGACACCACCAACAUUUUUCAGGACAUGCCUGUGACCGAUCCUGCUCAGGACUCGACUAUUGGCGAUGUUCUCCCAGACUCCGAGGUCACUCUGCACGCAGGGCUUACAGAAACUCAUGAUGGCACAAACCAACCACAUGCCACCACCACAUACCAAAAUCCCCCGCUUGGUACCACAACCUCACCCAUGUCUAUCGCCAUGGCAACUGCCAAGACUACUGUUCCUGUCUGUAUCACUUUCCAGUUUGCUACCUCCGAGCCAGAUCAACCAAGAGGAGACAGCAUGCGACGCAAAUAACAGAAACAUUGGUUUAAAGUUUUUAUUAUUGUUGUACAUUAUACUCUAAACACUCUAAGUGUCUGUUUUAGCUCCACAUUUAGAGAGAGGUGAUCUGGUUUUAGUCAGAUGGUGCAUGUGUGAUGACUGCUAUAUCAUAUUAAGUGAACCCUCUCUGUACUCUCAGAGCUUUAAAAACGUACAGCUCUUCAUUUGUUAAUGUUGAUGAUGUGUUUAUUUGAGCUGCUGAAAAAUAAAAGUGUGAUGUGAUUUAUGUUCUUAUGUCUCCUUUACGACCUUCUUAACCAAAACAAUUAAAGAAAUAAUGUGCGACUGUUUGAUCCAGCAUGAAACCAAAACAACUCGCGCUGCAUUGUUGU